CUGCUGCGCGCUGUCGUGGAGCAUGGACGUAACGCAAUACGCAUUGUGUCUGUGUGUAUAAACUGUACUACGGACGGGAGUACACUCCAGAGACACUCAGCCGCCAAUCACAUCAUCUCGCAUCUACCUUGCUGUGUGGCCAAGGAAGGACCUGAUUCCAACGGAGGCUGCACCCGUCUCCUUGAAUGUUCCGUUCACCGCUGCAAAUUUCGAAACGGCCAUAGAAAAAAGGAUCCGCCCAAUUGGAAUCGAUGGUUGUCACGGAGAACAAAAACGGCACCGAGGUGAUCCGUUUGGAGCGCGAGUCUGUGAUUCCAAUCCUCAAGCCCAGGCUUAUCAUGACUCUUGCCGAACUCAUUGUGCAUUCUGCUGACCGGGCAGAGUUUUUGAAGCUCUGCAAAAGAGUUGAGUACACAAUUCGGGCCUGGUAUCUCUUGCAGUUUGAAGAUCUCAUGCAACUUUACUCCUUAUUCGAUCCCGUCCACGGGGCUCAAAAACUGGAACAACAGAACUUGAAUUCAGAGGAAAUUGACAGACUUGAACAGAAUUUCUUGACUUACUUAUUUAAGAUAAUGGAUAAAAGCAACUUUAAAAUAGCAACCGACGAGGAGAUUGAAGUUGCACAUUCCGGGCAGUAUCUUUUAAAUCUUCCCAUCGCAGUAGAUGAAUCUAAGCUUGACAAUAAACUUUUGAAGAAGUAUUUUGUAGAGCACCCGAUGGAAAACCUUCCUGAAUUUGCUGAUAAGUAUGUAAUCUUUCGGCGAGGAAUUGGGAUAGAUCGGACAACUGAUUACUUUUUCUUGGAAAAAGUAGACACGAUGAUUGCAUGCUUGUGGAAUUGGAUAUUAAAGAAAACAAGAUUAGAUGCAUUAUUUAGGAGAUCAAGGAAACAACAGAGAAAAGAUCCAAAGAAGGACGAUGAAAUCACUGGUGAAAUAGAUGAUGAAGACUUAUAUGUUGAACGAAUCCGCAUUGAGAAUCUUGGAAUCAGCUUCCGUAAUCUCCUAAGCAAAAUUAUGAUUCAAGAACCAACUUUUGAUAGGAUAAUUGUUGUUUACAGACCAGCCAGUGCCAAAACAAAACAAGAAAGAGGAAUUCAUGUGAAGCAUUUCAAGAAUAUUCCCAUGGCUGACAUGGAAAUUGUCCUUCCCGAGAAAAAGAACCCAAGCCUUACUCCUAUGGAUUGGGUGAAAUUCCUUGUGUCUGCAGUGGUUGGACUGGUAGCAGUUGCGGGUUCUAUUGAAUCUCCAAAAUCUGAUUUUUGGGUCAUGUUUGCAGUUCUAUCCACAGUGGUUGGAUAUAUCGCAAAGACAUACUUCACAUUCCAACAAAACAUGGCUGCAUACCAGAACCUGAUUACCCAGUCAAUGUAUGACAAACAACUCGAUAGCGGAAGGGGCACUUUACUCCACUUGUGUGAUGAUGUGAUUCAACAAGAAGUAAAGGAGGUUAUAAUCUCAUUCUUUAUAUUGAUGGAGAAGGGAAAGGUUACCUUGCAGGAGCUUGACCAGUGUUGUGAAGAACUGAUAAGAGAUGAAUUUGGUGUGAUCUGCAACUUUGAUGUGGAUGAUGCAGUCAAAAAGUUGGAAAAGUUUGGCAUUGUCACUCGGGAUACAAUCGGAAGGUACAGCUAUGUAGGCCUGAAGCGGGCGAAUGAGAUAAUCGGAACCACGACAGAAGAACUUGUCCUAAAAGCAAAACAGGGAUCCAUCGCUCCUCCUCCUCUUUGACAAACAACACACACACACACACACAAAGUAGAGAAAUCACAAGAGCCUCUGUUUCAACAAGUCUCAAAGUGAAUUUGAAGAUGAUCCUUGUUUGUUCUCUGUCACCUCAACCUGUAAAAUCAUUUCCGUUUUCUUUCUUUCUGUAACACCAGAGAUUC